AUGAGCAUAUGUAAUAUGCCCUCAAUGAUUUUUCCCCUUAUCUUGAUGUUCAUACUUGAACAGUCUCACCUGUAAGACAUUGUUUUUCUCUACUGACAUGCUACUUUCCUUGAAUAAUAUUCGAAAAAAUGUUGCAACCUUUUCAAUGACGUCAAGACGGUUGUUUUGGUCCUGUCUAUCCAAUUGGAGCCAUCACUUACAUUCUACAGGAGCCGAAAUGGGUCUAAUCUUGCUCCGUAGCUGUCCUCCAGGACAUACCACAACGCCCUUCGGCGGGUGUAUGGUGGUACCCGACUGCUGCUUUAAACAGCAGCACUGACAUGGAAACCCCUUUGCAGUUGCAGAACGAUUUCCUUCAAGAGCAGCAGUUCCAGCAUCGCUGUAAGUACCAGCACUACUGCGGACGAGAGGAACGGCUCACGAAGGAGCGCAACCAAUGCUGCACCUGUAAUAACUGUACAUGUGAUGCAAGAAAAAGCCUCGUUUUUCGCGGGACGUCGCCGAACACUCAAGGAACUUUAAGGACGCCAUCCGUAACCUAUUCGAGGCAAGGUUCUCAGUUUAGCGUCUGUGAGUUCACGCCCUCCAGUCAUGGUAUUUCAUCCAGACAUCAUUACCAUCAGCAGUGCCACAAUCGGCAGUGGGGCAGCCCGAGCAGCAGCCACAGAGACAGUAACUCGUAUAACGAAAUAGCCAUGAGUAGCUGCAGAUACAACGGCGGCGUUAUGCGACCGCUGAGCAACUUGAGCUCGUCCCGCAGAAACCUACACGAGUUUGAUUCCGAAUCCCAGCCUUUACAACCAAUCUCUACCGCAGAUGCGUCGGACACCCUAGCCUCUAAACCGGAGAACAAUUCCACCACCCUAAUGCCUUACGCAUCGGGAGACGGAGGGGGUGGAUGUAACAACAGUGGCAGCAAAUCGGGUAAAAAGAAGAACCAGAACAUUGGGCAAAAGCUUGGACAUAGAAGGGCCUUGUUUGAGAAAAGGAAGCGUCUCAGCGACUAUGCUUUGAUCUUUGGGAUGUUUGGGAUCGUAGUUAUGGUUAUAGAGACUGAACUCUCAUGGGGAGCCUAUGGAAAGGAGUCAUUGUAUUCAUUAGCUCUAAAAUGCCUGAUAAGCCUUUCUACAAUCAUUCUUCUUGGUCUGAUUAUCAUAUACCACGCAAGGGAGAUUCAGUUAUUCAUGGUAGACAAUGCAGCAGAUGACUGGAGGAUAGCCAUGACCUACGAGCGCAUCUUCUUCAUCUGCCUGGAGAUCCUGGUGUGCGCCAUCCACCCCAUCCCAGGGAACUACACCUUCACCUGGACAGCGCGCCUGGCCUUCUCCUACACCCCGUCCAAGACGGACGCGGACGUGGACAUCAUCCUGUCCAUCCCCAUGUUCUUGCGGCUGUAUCUCAUCGCCCGCGUCAUGCUGCUCCACAGCAAGCUCUUCACAGACGCCUCGUCCCGCAGUAUCGGGGCGCUCAACAAAAUCAACUUCAACACACGCUUCGUAAUGAAGACCCUGAUGACCAUCUGCCCUGGCACCGUGUUGCUGGUCUUUACCAUCUCGUUGUGGAUCAUCGCUGCGUGGACCGUGAGGGCCUGCGAGAGAUACCAUGACAACAUGGACAUAACCAGCAACUUCCUAGGAGCCAUGUGGUUGAUCUCAAUCACUUUUCUAACCAUUGGAUAUGGGGACAUGGUACCCAACACUUACUGUGGAAAAGGAGUCUGUCUCCUCACUGGUAUUAUGGGAGCUGGCUGCACAGCCUUGGUAGUGGCUGUGGUUGCAAAGAAACUGGAGUUAACCAAAGCUGAAAAACAUGUUCAUAAUUUUAUGAUGGACACCCAGCUGACAAAAAGAGUGAAAAACACAGCUGCAAAUGUACUCAGGGAGACGUGGCUCAUCUACAAGAACACCAAACUGGUGAGGAAGAUGGACCAUGCCAGAGUCAGGAAGCACCAGAGGAAAUUCCUCCAAGCCAUUCAUCAAGCUCGAAAAUACAUUUAUUGGGUUCUGAAUGGUCUUCUGUUCAGAUUGAGAAGUGUUAAAAUGGAGCAACGCAAGCUGAAUGACCAAGCAAACUCACUAGUGGACCUUGCAAAGACUCAGAACAUCAUGUAUGACCUGAUCUCAGACCUGAACGAGAGAGGGGAGGACAUGGAGAAGAGGAUCGCCAUGCUGGAGACCAAGCUGGAGACUCUGCUGGGGAACCUGCAGGCCUUGCCCGGACUUAUCAGCCAGGUCAUCAGCCAGCAGCACAGGGACUUCCUGGAGGUGCAGCUCCAGCCAUACGACAAACACAGCCCUGAGCGCUCACAGUCUGUCUCCAGACGGAGGUCGUCCUCCACGGCACCACCCACCUCCUCCGAGAGUAGCUAGAGUCCAAGUGGAACACCUACAAAGAAGACUGUUGCCAUCAUAUGGCCAAGUUGCAUUUAUUGUAAAGCCUUAUGGUUUCAAUAAGUGUUAUCCAAAUUCUGAUGACAGAAUCCAAGGUACCGGGACAAUGGAUUUUAAACUGAUGCUGUUGUUUGUUUUUUAUUAUCUCAAAAGAUGUUGUUUUCCUUGCUCUGGUGACAGGACUGUAGAAAAAUAUGCUUUCCUCAGUAAAAACUAUUAGGCCUAUCGAUGGGGGCUGUGAUCAGAACUAUACUCCAUCUCUAUGCAGAGGUAGCCAGUUUUAGGACAGCAAGGUUACCGGCCGGGUGUAAAGAUAUGGCACUAAAAUAGUGCUUCUUCUCACAGACGUUGUGCUUCCGCUGGCUUGAUUCAGAUGCUGUGUUCCUUAAAGCAAGCUGAGAAAUCAUGGGACCUGUCAAUCAGCAAGCAUUACAGCAAUACUUUUUAUUGAGGAAAAGUAUUUGAUGGAGAUGAAUGAACUGCAGACAGAGGGCAGCACAAGAAGGCACCCACAUACUGUCACUCAGAGGUACCAUAUGCAGCUUGAAAUAUGAGGAAAAAACAUAUAUAUUUUAGGUUAGAAACAGCAUCAACUAUAGCGUUUUUUGUUGAUGUUGCUGAGUGCCCCUGUAGAAUGACUAUUUUUGGGGCCACACUGCAAACAAUUUAGUCCUCUUAUCAAAAUGAAUGCAUAUAAAUCUGUACUUGCACUUACUUUUUAAUCAAUGCACUUCAAUACUGACUGACAUAUUAUAUACAUUUUUGUUGCUCCUUAAAAUAAGAACAAUUUAGAUGUUUGGGCAUGGAUUUAUGGUCAAUGCUCAAUUAAUAAAUUGUGAAUUAGUGAGGGUGACUCAAGUCAAAGCCCUCAUGCUAUGUACCACAAAGGGACCUCAAUAUCAAACUGCUAGGCUACUGAAAUUAAUACUUUCAAUUAUCACAAACACAGUUUGUUCUUUCCUCAAAAUAUCUCAACUCUUGUCCUGGAGGCACUUAGUAUUUAUACUGUUUUUUGCUUCAGCUGAGCAGCGCUAGUUGGUUGCAAUGCAAACCAAUAACUCACAAGAACUGUAACUAACUUUUAAAAGAAAAUUCAUAUUUUUAUAUGUUCAUGAGGAUAAGCACACCUCCCCACACCUCUUACAAUAAAUGUCUUUCACACAAUAUUUACAAGCAAAUGAUGAUGGAGAGAUAUGAACAGAAUAAAUGAUGCAACACAUUGCAUUGGUCGAGAUGAAAUCCAGCAUAUUCAACAUAUCUUCCAGUAAGCCUCCAGGACCAGGGUUAAGAAACCAUGUUGAAGAGCCUCCCAUGAUCCCUCCCAUGAUCAGGCCUGUCUUGUUUCUGAAAUUAUAGCUUACUUCAGAAAAGGUUCAAUAUAUCUCUUUCAAAAACCAUAGGAAUAUACAUUGUUAGUUCAAGAGGAAUGUAUAGAAGAUGAUAUAGCAACUUACUUAACCACAUAUGCUUAAUAAUGAGCGGUGGUUAUCAGAUUGAGAAGUAAAAUGUCAAAACCUAACUGCAAAAAAAGUAAUCUCUGACACAUAUAAUUGUGAAAAUAUUGUAUGUGCUCAAGAUUAUAGCAUUAUUAUCAACAAAGCUUUGUAACUUUGUUUUGAACAGCAAUAGCUUGGCCACUGGCCAGUCACAAAGGGAAAUAAAGUUAACCUUCCACCAUUUAUGCACAUUUUGGCAAUAUGCACCCUCCCUCCUGCAAGGUUUUCAGAAGUUAAAGGAGUGUGCCACAUUCAUCUGAUGGGCACUUAUCUAGUCAACGUUCUGCAAUGACCUUGUCCAACCAACCAAAAGCUCAAUCCCAUCUACAGUGUUGAAUGUACUGUUGUUGGUAUUAGAGCUUUAAAACACUGACAGUCGAUCCAGAAAUUUUAGCAACAUAGAUACUUUUGAGAUAUUAUGUACUGUAUGCGAUAGAAAUAUUAAACAAUAAAAACUACUACUUACCA